GGCAUUCGGAAGCAGCUUGAAGAACACGGCCGGUGCGGCAUCUCCAGCGACGAGGCCGCAAACACGUUCCAGACGCCCUUCAGCGACGUGGAGUCCGGGGUGCACUAUCUCAGCUGCGCGAAGCUUAACACGUGGACGCAGAGCGAGCACGACGGACCGGCGACUGGCAACGGCAAGGUGUCUUUGGACAAUUACAAUUUCAUGCUCAAGUGCGCGGGCCAGACAGAGGUCGUCGAGUUUAUCGUCAUGCCGAAAGUGCACGGGUUCCAGAAGCGCAUGCAGACGGACGUGCGCGCGGACGACGGGGUCGAUUCCGAACAGAGCGACUCCUUCAUCGAGCGUCUGCACGGGUGGAUGCACGAGCAUUGUUCUGAAGUCGCCAGCGUUCUCUCGCUCGACGGCUUCGCCUACACCAUAUACCGUGCUGCGAAGCGGGCUUUUGAUGAUAUCUGUCAGACCGUGCCAAUGCCGCCGGCAUUCAAGACGAAGUUGAAUUUCUUUCACAGCGACUUGCUUCGCGCAACGCACCGGGUGCACCGCGGGAACCAGUUCGCCAGGCAUUUCAUCGCCCGGCAUGCUGCCCAGGGCGACGACGCCCUGGCGCCGCAACCGCCUUUUGAUGCUGCUUGCGGGCGUUGUCUUCCUAGUGUGAACGAAAUCACGAUGGGGCUCCACAAGGUUCUCCGCCAAAUUGAACUUCACUUCGGGCUGUGCCGCUUCCACGUCGCCCACGCUGCCGAGGGCAACCAUCGCUCCGGCGCCGACGGCAGGUGCGCAGGCGGAUCUUCGGCGGCCGUGCUGGCCGCUCCUGACGUCGCGGAGAUAGCGAUGAGGGCCCUCAUGCCGUCCGAGCUGAUGCGGCAGUUCCUGCUCACUCGCGCUCCCAAGGGGCAGAUUUUCACGGAGGCGGAUGCGAGGCAGUGGCUCAGGAAUAAGAGGGACACGUGGUUCAGAACGGACCUGGCAAAGAAGAUCUCCGACGGCUUGACAGCGCUGGUCGCGGCUAAUCUCCUGGACAGGGUCGCGGACUCCGCCGAUGCGGGGGGCUCCACGCAGAGGGCCAAGGCGGCGCAAGGCGGCUGGGGCCUGGAGCGUCGUGGUCUAGCGAGUUGGCACUGCCGCGUCCAGGGGCUCCCGUCGCUCUCCCCCGUCACUCCGGGCCAGUGGGGCCCAGGCAUCAAUCGUCGGCAGUUUCCCUGGAAUCAGUGGAUAGUUCCCUGUGUUGCCCCCGAGAUUCUUUUGGUUUCGCAGUGGGAAAUCCAGGUCUCAUUCAGACCGGAGUGCCCGGGCUUUCGAUGGUCGUUCAGCGAGCCCACGAGCGCGUACCGCACUCGACAACGCUACCCAGCCCACUACGAGCUGCUAAUGGAGGUGCUCUCAGAUCAUGACAAGAAGGCCGUCGAGGAUCUGCAGUAUCGGCGUAUCGUCCCUGAGGAUUACGAAUUGCUGUCCGGACUGGACGCGAGCGUGUCCCGCAGCGCCCGGGAUAUGGACUACAUCAACAGCGUGCUCGAGCGGUGCAAGGGCGGACACCCCGGCGAUCCGGCGCCCGCGAAUUGUAUGAUUUGCAUGGAGGAUGUCUCGUGCCGCCACCUACCUUGCAGGCAUUCGUUCUGCUCCGACUGCCUCGUUUCAAGUUGGUCCAAGGUGGACGCGCUCGGCCUGAUUUGCCCUGCGUGCAGGCAAGAUGUGGCGGAAGGGUUGGCGCUCGCGGAGGAGAGAAAGGCCGGUGUCGCCACGGGCGGUUGCACCGAGGGCGCCGCGGGCGCAGGGGGCGCUGCGGAGCAGGGCGUCGGCGCUGCCGCCGCCAGCGCGGCCAGGCCCCUCGAGGGCGCCGCCCGCGCUGGUGCCGCGGGCGCGGGAGGCGUGGCCCAGGCGUCCGAAGAGGGCGACGUUGCGGGGGAGGGUGGCGAAAAGACGGUAUGGCAGUGCGUGGUCGCUACCAUUCUGUCCGAAUCCCCAGACCUCUCCUCGGAAGUCGCGAAGCGCCUCCAAGUGGGGGACCGUCUCGAGGGCCUCGCCGUGCCUCGGAUGGAGGGCCCGGUGAUGCGGGUGCACGUGAGGAUCGGAGACAAAGUCGGCUGGGUGACGUUGCGGAGCACUUCGGGCAAGGAGCUCGUCUCAGUCUUGGGCGCCGACGCUCAACCUGGCGCUGCCGACGGCCGUGGCGCGCCUGCCAUGGCGCCCGGGGUGCCCUCGCCAAGAGCCCCGCAGUCGCGCCCGAUGGCGGCUCCCGAUGGCGCUGCGUUGUCGAGAUCGGCGGACCCGCCGCCCGCGGUCCGAGGGGGAGGCGGUGCCGGGGAUGCCCCGAGCCCAAUUCCCCCCCCAGUCGCUGACGGCCCGCCCGCGAGAUCGGCGGACCUGCCGCCCGUGGUCCGGGGGGGAGACGGUGCCGGGGAUGCCCCGAGCCCAACUCCCCCCCCAGUCGCUGACGGCCCGCCCGCGGGGCUGCCCGCGGGGGCAAUGACGCAGCACAUGAUAGUAGAUGCGCAGUAUUUGGAGAUGGCAGUGAAGGGCAUCAAGACCAAGGAGUACCGCGGGUUGACGACCGAUUACUGGCGACGUCGGUUCCUCCAGGGUGGGCGGGACUGGCACGUCACCCGCGUGAGGAUGAGGGCCGGCCGCGAGAAGUUCAGGCCGGAGGCGGUGUUCGAGAUCGUCAACAAGGAGGUGAUCAAGGUGGCCGACUUGGCCGACGUGUGCUUGCCCGACCGAGGGGGCCCGGUGCUGCGCGCGGUUUCCCCCGAGCGCGCGGGCGCCCAGGACGACGCGGAGGACGUGGAGGGGCAGGGCCGCGUGCUCGUCGGCCAGGGCAUCGGCGCGGAAGAAGAGCAGGCGAAGUGGAGGCUGGCGAGCUCCUUCCUGUCGCGGCGCGGAGGCCUCGUCUGGAACGAGGUGGUGGAGGCAGCACUGGGCGACAAGCAGAAGCUGUUCGACCGCGUCGUGGACUUCCGGGGCAUGCACGCGACGCUGCUCACAAUGUCAAUCGGGGCGCUGAGACAAAUCGGCCAGGCUGCCAUGUUGCACCGGGACGUGAUCCGGGAGAAGAAGCCUGCACUUGUCUACCACCUAAUCCGCUGGUGCCGCCAGGCGGCGGUCGAUGACGCGGCGUCGGCGGCCCCGCCCGCCGAGCCGGCGGCGGAGGAGGCGGAGACGGAGGAGAACCCGUUGGCGGACGCCCCACUCCUGAUCCCGCGCGCCAAAGUGGCGCGGAUCAUCCGCGCCCUGCUGCCGCUGUUGUCGGCGAAGAGGUCCGGCCACGCAGAAGGCGCGCCGCUGAAAAUCACCGAUGAGGCCGUGGGUGCCGUCCACGAGCACCUCGAGUACGUCCUGCGCGCUCUGGUGAGCGACGCUUUCGCUGUGGCCGAGUGGGCGAAUAAAGACCGCGUGAAGAAGAUGUCCAUGACUGCGCUGGCCGUCCGGAUGUCAGGCUCUAUCCAGACGAAGACGUUCGUGGCCAGCAAGCGGAAGCGCAGGCUUGCCAACGUCCUGGAUGACCUUGCGAAGCUCGCGGGGAGUGUUUACGACGGCGAUGCGUCGGUCGACUGGGUUGGUUGCGACGAGCUGUCCGAUUUCCUCUUCAGGAAGUUCAUCUCGGCCGAGAAAAGUGAGAAGAUUCGCGUGCCUGCGGCAGCUUUCAGGGAUAUGCGGUGUUUCACGUUCCACUUCCUCGACGCGUUCCUUUCCCAGGGCGUCGAAUCGGCGCGCCGCUGCGGUAAGAACACUCUGACCAAGCGGAUCCCCGAGCCUUCGGCCCAAUCUGCCCCCUGGCCAGCCUGGGUCGCGGGCGCGAGGGCGUGGCUCCGGGAGGGCGGCGCUGCGGGUGGCAUGUCGAACAGGGAGGCGCACGAUCUGGAGGCGGCAGGCGACGGUCUCAUGGAGCAGGCCGGCAAGAGGUGGAACAAGACCACGAGGGCGUUCGACGCGGUGGCCGGACACGCCGCUUGCCCCGAAGAUGCGAAGUACAAGAAGCAGGCGAAGGAGAAGUACGACGAAGCGAGAAGGAAACGCGUGCAACUUAAAGGAAUGGUAGAGCAGUCCGUGAACAAAGACGGCACCAAUGACGUGAAGAACGCGAAGGGCCAUCAGGACGCCAUCGACUAUAUCGACGCCAAGAAGAGCGAGUUUCGACAGUUGCAGAUGGACUCCACCGCCAUGUUCCGCGAGGUCGCCCUGUGCGGGUUGGCGCAGGAGCAGGGCAUCGCCGCUCUGCGGGCGUGCCUCGCCGACGCCCGCGGCGACGAGACACUUCGCGCCACCGAGAUCAGUUCUGCCGUGGCGCGUCGUGCCGUCGUAUGGGGCGAUUCCGCGGCGUGGGAUGACAUGAGGGAUUGUAUCCAGUCUCGGUUGGCCCCCGGGUCCCGGCCGCUGCCAUCCCCAGUCGUGUCCGUGUCUGCCGCCCACUUCCGCGAUUCAGAUUUCACCGUUCCCGACCCGAGGGAAGACGCUGUCCUGGUCCACGGCGGGUUGGAGAACGAUUACGAGUCCGCGGAGGAUGGGUGUCACUUCUUGCCGCUGCUUCACGUCGACGAGCAUGGCCAGUUGCCCCCGUGCCCGUCACCGAAGUGGGCCGACAUGGUGGCGUCCGUCGCUGGUCGCAGCGGCGAUCUCGUGCUGGAGUCGCGCGUCCGCGACGGGGGCGACUGCUACUUCCAC